CUCACACAAGAUAUACGUUUCAGUCAGUCAACCCUGGACCCCAAGAGGUGUAUGUGUGCGAGAGAAAAAAAAAAUCCUCCUUUCCUUCUCUCUAAAAGACUGGACUCCCAACGCCGAAGCACUGGGAGUCUGGGAGGAGCAAGAAGAGGAGAGAAGAGAGCCAUGGCCAAGAACACCGAGAGCCCCAAAACCUAGGGAAAGAGAGGAAAAAAUCGAUUUUCUUGGGUGGUGGUUGAGCCUGCAGUGAAGUUCAUCAGGGAGGAAAGGGAGGGGAUUAAGGGAAGGAGAUACAGGAAUCAAUGGGAGGCCAAGAACAGGUGGCCAUGGCGGAGAGGAGGCCUUGUUACUGUCGCAACAAUGGCUUCUUGCUGCUGCUGGUACAAGUUCUCCUCUUCUUGUUCUUGUUUCUUGAUUCGUCCAUGGUCGCCACUGCCGCGUCGGCGCCGGCACCGCUAAAUACGACUCAGGUAUCGAUCAUGAAGGAGCUUUCUGGCUUGGUUACUGCCAGUGCCAAGUGGAACACGAGCGAUUCGAAUCCAUGCCGAUGGGAUGGAGUGAGUUGCUCUUCUAGCUCCAAUUCCAUAUCAGUUGUGACCAACCUUACUUUGUCUGGGUAUGGUUUGUCCAACUCCACCAUAUUUGCAACCAUAUGCUCUCUUGACACCUUGCAAAUCCUUGAUCUCUCUAAGAAUUCCUUCACCAAUUCGAUAGAGCAAUUCUUCACCUCUUCUUGCUCCAUGAAGGCUGGAUUGCGGUCACUUAAUCUCAGCAGCAGCCAGCUAUCCAUGCCUCUUAGUAAUUUCUCUGGUUUUCCCCUUCUUGAGGUUCUUGACUUGUCCUUCAAUUCUUUCAGUGGUGAUGUCAGAACCCAGUUGAGUUCUUUGCUCAAGCUGAGAAGCUUGAAUCUUAGUAGCAAUAACUUGGCUGGUGAUGUUCCUACAAGCAUGACCCCGUCUUUGGAGGAAUUGGUGUUGUCCAUCAACAAUUUCAGUGGUAGCAUUCCAAUAGCUUUGUUCAAUUACCAAAAUCUUACUAUGCUGGAUCUUAGUCAGAACAAUCUAAAUGGUGAUGUACCGGAUGAGUUCUUAAAGUUACCCAAGCUCAAGACUUUGCUCUUAUCAGGUAAUCAACUGAGUGGCAAUAUACCUGUGAGUGUGUCAAAUGUUGCAAGCCUUGCUCGGUUUGCAGCUAAUCAGAACAAUUUUACCGGUUUCAUCCCUAGUGGUAUCACCAAGAAUGUGAAGAUGCUGGAUCUGAGUUACAACGAACUUAGUGGAGUGAUUCCCUCUGAUAUUCUUAGUCCUGUGGGACUGUGGACUGUUGAUCUCACUCACAAUAAGCUCGAAGGGCCCAUCCCUAGCAGCUUGUCUCCGACCCUCUAUCGGUUGAGGCUUGGUGGAGGCAACUCUCUCAAUGGAACCAUCCCGGCCACCAUUGGUGAUGCAUCGACCUUGGCUUAUCUUGAGCUGGAUAGCAAUCAGUUGACGGGAAGCAUACCAUUGGAACUUGGCAGAUGCAAGAGUUUGUCUUUGCUGAAUCUGGCAUCAAAUAAGUUUCAGGGUCCAGUGCCUGAUGCAAUCAGCAGCCUUGACAAACUGGUAGUUCUUAAACUCCAAAUGAACAAUCUGGAUGGACCUAUCCCAAGUGUAUUUUCUAAUUUGACAAGCCUGAUCACAUUGAAUCUUAGUGGUAAUUCAUUCACUGGAGGGAUACCAAGAGAAAUCGGCAAGCUGCCAAAGCUUUCCAUUUUGAAUUUGCAAUGCAACAAGAUCAGCGGCACCAUUCCAGAUUCACUCCAUUUAUUAACUUCUCUAAUUGAGCUCAAUCUGGGGAAUAAUAUCUUGACUGGUACCAUCCCAACAAUGCCGACCAAAUUGAGUACUGUUCUUAAUCUAAGCCACAACAAUCUCAGCGGAUCUAUUCCUUCAAAUAUUGACUUAUUGAGUGAUCUAGAGAUUCUUGAUCUUUCAUACAACAACUUGUAUGGUGAGGUGCCGGCCUCACUUGCAAAGCUAGAAAGCUUGACGCAACUAGUGCUUUCUUAUAAUCACCUUUCUGGGUCCAUUCCUAUAUUUCGUCAACAUGUUGAUAUUGCUACCAAUGGAAAUCCCGAUCUUACAAAUGGUACAAGAAAUUAUGACAACGCCCCUACAAGUGGUAAGAGAAGGACACACAAUACAGUCAUCAUCGUCGUUGCCAUUACUGGUGCUCUUGUUGGAUUGUGCUUGCUUGCUGCUAUUGUUACAAUUUCAUAUUCUAAGAGAAUUUAUCGUGUUGAAGAUGAAGGACCAUCAACUGAGGAUGUUGCUCGAAUCAUCAAUGGUCACCUCAUAACUAUGAAUAGUAUCCAUACCUCUGCAAUUGAUUUCGUGAAAGCAAUGGAAGCAGUCUCCAAUCACAGCAACAUUUUUCUGAAAACAAGGUUCUGCACUUACUAUAAGGCUGUGAUGCCUAAUGGCUCAACCUAUUCUUUAAAACAGAUUAAUUGUAGUGACAAGAUAUUCCAAAUUGGGAGCCAAGGGAAGGUUGCUCAUGAACUUGAGGUACUUGGGAAGUUGAGCAAUUCCAAUGUAAUGGUGCCAUUGGCUUAUGUGUUGACAGAAGACAAUGCAUACAUCAUCUAUGAGCAUGUGCACAAGGGCACGGUGUUCGAUUUCCUUCAUGCUGGAAGAUCAGAUGUUCUGGACUGGCCUUCACGGUAUAGCAUAGCUUUUGGGCUAGCCCAAGGGCUGACAUUUCUUCAUGGGUGCACUCAGCCAGUUCUGCUUCUUGAUCUGUCAACAAGGACUGUCCACUUGAAGUCAAUGAAUGAGCCUCAGAUUGGAGAUGUUGAACUUUACAAAAUUGUUGAUACUUUGAAGAGCAGUGGGAGCCUUUCGACCAUUGCUGGUACAGUUGGUUAUAUUCCACCAGAGUAUGCAUACACGAUGAGGUUGACGAUGGCUGGCAACGUUUACAGCUUUGGAGUAAUCUUACUGGAGCUUUUGACUGGGAAACCAUCGGUCAGUGAUGGCAUCGAGUUAGCCAAGUGGGCUCUGAGUCUUUCAGGCAGCCCUGAUCAGAGGGAGCAGAUCCUUGACACCAGGGUCUCAAGAACUUCAGCUGCUGUUCACAGCCAGAUGUUGUCGGUCCUGAACAUCGCCCUCGCUUGUGUUGCGCUCUCUCCAGAUGCUCGACCAAAGAUGCGCACCGUCUUGAGGAUGCUAUUCAACGCAAAGUGAUCUGGCAUGAUAUGUUUUGGUAGCUUAGGUAGGUUCUGAAUGGAGUUUGAUCAUUUUGCUUAGUUUGUGGAUGUCAGCAAUCAGUAUACGGGGUCCUUGUAUAGUACCAGCACCAUAGUUCAAGGUAGAGUAGUAGAUUAUGAUAUGGCUGAUCAAUUUAGUAUUCAGAUAUCUAUUUUGGAAUGAAUGACCAAUGGGUUUAUCUAUGCUGUAUCAUCAUAUAUUCACACAUGGUUAUUAGCAUACCUUGUACACGGCAAUUCCAUAUAACAAUAGUAGUGAAAUAGAGCCAUAGUUAAGGUAGAACAGUAGAUAGACUAUGAUAUAUAUCCCUGAACAAUUUAGAAGCCAGAUAUCUGUUUUGGAAUGAAUCAGGAAUUGUGUUCUUCUAUGCUAUAUGAUCAUAUUUGUAAAUGGUUGGUUGUGUACAUCCAUGUGGGAUGUCGAGGCCGGAUUGGCAUCCAUUAUCUAACAAACAUAUAUAUAAAUUGUUAUUACUUAUUAGCA